AUGUCCCCCGCUAAUACCCCCGCGCGUCGCGUCGCGCCCUCGUCAUCUGCCUCCUCCACCACCACCAACAUCCUCCUCUUCCUAAUCGCCUUCCGCAUUCUCAAUGCCUUCACCCUUCGCACCUUCUUCCAGCCAGAUGAAUUCUUCCAAUCGCUGGAACCCGCAUGGCAGAUUGCCUUUGGCAAGGAGCAGGGCGCCUGGAUAACUUGGGAAUGGCGCUACCAACUGCGCUCCUCGUUACACCCGCUCCUCUUUGCCGCCAUCUAUAAGACCUCCGAUUUCCUGGCCACCUCCCUUAAUCUCUCCGUCGCCACCAGCGCGGAACUCCUCGUUGCCAGCCCCAAGGUCGCGCAGGCCAUCGUGGCGGCCAUUGGCGAUUUCUAUACUUGGAAACUAGCGACCCGCAUCUAUGGGAGAGAUUCGCGCGGGUCGUGGACAACAUUACUCGUCACGCUUCUCAGCCCUUGGCAGUGGUUCUGCUCGACAAGAACCUUGUCAAAUUGCCUGGAAACUACAAUCACCAUUGUCGCCUUGGACCUCUGGCCCUGGCAGUGGUCAGCAGGAAGAUCUUCAUCCGGCGAUAGCCGCAAGGAUGGGAGGGGCACGGCCGCGGAUCGAGCGCUCCUGUCAAGCCUCCGCCAAUGCUUACUUUUGUCGGCCCUCGCCUGUAUUCUGCGGCCAACUAAUGUUUUGAUCUGGGCGACCCUGGCCAGCAUCGCUUGGUUCCGAAAUUCUUGGGCCAUACGCACCAUACUUGCUCGAGAAGUCGUGAUUUGCGGAUCGGCCGUUCUCGCUGUGUCCGCCGUCGCAGACCGUCUCUUCUACGGAUUAUGGACAUUUCCACCGCUUAGAUUUCUAUACUUCAACAUCGCGCAAUCGCUGGCUGUCUUCUAUGGCCGAAAUGAUUGGCACUACUAUUUGUCGCAGGGUCUGCCUCUUCUGCUGACGACGGCAUUGGUCCCUGCCCUUUUUGGUCUCUACCAAACAUUGACAAAUCGGAGCUUCUCUACCAUCGACAGACUGCAGACAGUGACUCGAAUUCAGCUAGCAACGAUCUGCCUGGUGAUGCCUUUUGUCCUGUCCUUGAUCUCGCAUAAGGAAGUACGCUUCAUCUACCCGCUACUUCCAGCACUCCACAUCCUCGCAGCGCAGCCACUAGUUCGGUUCUUUGCCCCAGCCAUCUACUACAGGUCCUCGCCGGCAUACACUCCACAAAGACUACUCCUCAUCUUCCUGAUCCUAGUCAAUGCAGUGAUAGCAUUUUACACGAGCGUCUGGCACGCCUCAGGGGUCCUCAAUAUCAUGACCUACCUCCGCCACCAACACGAAGUCCACGCACCCGAACCAGACCCGUCCUUCUUCUCCGACUCAACCCCCAAGGGAAUAACCGCAGGCUUCCUAAUGCCGUGCCACAGUACCCCCUGGCGAUCCCACCUCGUCUACCCAACAAUCUCCGCCUGGGCCCUAUCCUGCGAACCCCCAAUCGACUUCAGCGAGUCCGAGAAAGCCGUCUACCGUGACGAAGCAGAUCAGUUCUACGACAACCCAGCUCAAUUCCUCCACGACAACAUGGCCGGCGGCCUUCGCCAUCUCCCCACCAGACCAAGCUACGCCUCCACCACGCCCGCUGAUCCCUCCCUCCCCCUCUCCAAAAACCAACACGAAUGGCCAGAUUAUCUAAUCUUCUUCCAACAACUCGAACCAACCCUCCAACCCCUCCUCCGCACGUCUUUUUACCGUGAAUGCUGGCGCACACACAAUACAGCCUGGCACGAUGACUGGCGCCGCACAGGCGAUGUCAUCGCCUGGUGCCUCGACACAACCGAACAAGACACAUGGCGCGAAACACAACGUCAAUAUCACCUAUCCCGCCAACGCUGGGCCAGCGCAACAAACGCGAUCACCAAUACGCCCGAAUUCCAUUUCGACCGCAUGCUCGAAGCGCUAAAGAAUUCUGAAGCCCAGCCCCAAAACACCGCCGGUUGGAGCAGUUUCCUCCCCGGUCGCUCGACCUUCUCAUUCUCCGCGCCCUGGUCUUCAAACCAGCCCACCCUGCGCGAGAAAUUCGAUGCAUGGCGUCGUGGUGUGGCGGCGUAUUUUGGACCCCGGCCGUCGAGGAUUUGGAAGUUGGGACGGUCGACGCCGAAUGUGAGGGACUGGAUUCCGAAUCCUUGGUCUUUCUUUUCUUGGAGGUGGUGGGUUUUGGGGGAGUCGUUGGAACUUACUAGGGAGCGGGAGUUGUACUCUUGA